CAUAAAAUUUAUGCUGGCCAACACUUGCAUUACUUUACCUUAAAACAUUUUAGUAUCACCAUUCGCCAGACAUGCAGCGGACACAGAAUGUGUUUGGACAUCUAAACAUUUUCAAAUAUAUACAUUUUUCUACAUAAGAGAAGAAAAUAUUGAACCAAGUUAUCUUCAUUUUAAAGAAAAGACAAAAAGCACACUUGUCAAGCAAAGUAUAUUUACGUGUGUGUGUGUGUGUGUGUGUGUGUGUGUGUGUUUGUGUGUUGAUCAGCCAGCAUUACAUUGAUUGAUUGUAGGGACGAAAGGCUAGCCCAUCCCGUCUCACCACACAGAAAAGCCAGUGCUGUCCACAAUAGAAAAGUAGGCCAUGUAUGGGGCCUAGCAGGUAGAAUUAUUCAAUGUUGUUGUUUUUAUAGUCCCUCGAUUUACAUCUGACUGAGCAUCUAUAUGUGCCAAAUAAAUACAUUUGAUCCAUAAAGGUCUCAACUGGCAACCUACAGCACCCAAAAGAUCUACCCUUAACUUUCCAUUACCAGACACCACAGCAUACCCCCAGAGCUGCCCCAGCAGCACAAGAGGAACCCAUUUACUGUAUAGUUAAUGUGAUGAGGUACCAUCAAAAGACCCCAUGUAUUUAAAAUAUGCAACAGAACACAAUAGUACAAUUUAGCCCAGACCCACAAAAUUCUGAUGAGAGGAGUACAUCUUUGAUGCUUGAAUUGCAGAAGCUUUUUAAAAAGAUGAAACAGAUUGAGGGUACUACUGAAGGAAUAACCCAAAGUUUGCACAUCAGCAAUGUCUGGGAACAGCAGGAUGCAGUAGAAUACUUUCAGAAAAUUCUAAAAGCAAUUGGGCCACAUGUUUCCAAGGCAUUUAAAGGGAAGAUGAGCAACAACAUCAGUUGUUCAAAUAAUCACAUUUUCCAAGAGAAAUGUGACUUUUAUACCAUCCCUUUUCCCAUAGAAUCUGUGCAUAAUGGAGUGUUCGAUGUGGAAAAAGGAUUACAGAUGUUUUUUAAAUCGUGCAUGCUAGAUGAAGACAACUGGUUAUACUGUGAUGACUGUCAUCAAAAAACUGAAACAGAGACUAGGAAUGAAAUUGAGGAAUUCCCUACUAUCCUGUCUCUGUACCCAAAGAGGUUUUACUUUGACUACAGCCAAUGGAGGCCUGUGAAGAAUCAGUGCCCUAUCUAUGUUCCACAGAAACUGAAGAUAUGUAAUAUUAAAUAUAGGCUUUAUGCAUUUAUUAACCACUCAGGAACAGAAAAUGGAGGACACUACAAUGCUAUCAUUAAAUCCUUUGAUGAUGGCAAGUGGUACUGUUUUAAUGACUCUUAUGUCAAGGAGGAUUCAGAACAUUAUUUUGAGCAUAUGAAGGAUGGAUUUAUUUCAGAGGAGGCUUAUUUACUCAUGUACAGAAAAAUGGAUGGGCCGGACCCUAACGAGAAAUCUACAAGUGAGCUACAGUUACUCUGCCAGGAGUACUGUGAGUUGGUCGACAAGCUGUUGGAAUGGAUCCAUAAGUAUAUCUCUGUGUUUGAAGAGAUCAAAGGCACCACCCAUAAUAAGGAAAUUGAGAGCGUUUGCCACGAGUUUCAACAAGAGGUGCCAGCAAUGGGGACUCAGAUUAUUCACUCUAAACAUAAUUACAACGUCUUUAAGGAUGCGUUGCAGUCUGGUCAGAUUAGCAUUCCUCCUGGUUACAACCCCAUUGAUGUGGAGAAAGAGUGGCAUCAACUCCAUAAAGCCAUAUGUAAGCAGGACAAUUAUGAAUGGGCAUUCUUCAGUGAGCACUACCUCUGCUACAUCAAGGACCUGCUUGCAUUGGUGGAAAAGAACCAGGGCUUCAUACAAACCUCAGAGUGGGCAGCAGACCUGCCCUUCAUUCAGUCCCAACUAGGUAGCCAUUACAGAUUCUGUCGGUAUAUCAGUGAACUCAAACACAACAUUGGCCAUGCUCAGGCAGUUAAGGGUCAUCUAACCCCUGACAUGAAACAUGCAUACAGAGACUACCUGGCCCAGCUUGACGUUCAGUACAACAAACUUGUGAGAUCCUCAGAUGCCCGGCUGCAAAAUCUGAUGAAGCUAAAUACAUUUACUAAAGCUGCCACUAAAGAGCUGAUGUGGAUAAGUGACAGAAGGGAGGAAGAAAUUAAAUAUGACUGGAGUGAUGAUAACACCAAUAUGACUGCCAAGAAGGAUAACUUCUCAGUUCUGAUGUGGUAUCUGGAGCAGAGGAAAGAAAGUAUGAAUACAGUUCAAGCCACUGGAAAUAAAUUGCUGAAGGAAGGCCAUCCAGCUCAGCGUGGAAUAAAGGCUUUAAUGACAGAUCUGCAGACACAGUGGAUGGGGCUAUGGCAGUUAUGCUGCUGCAUCGAGACCCACCUAAAAGAGAACACUGCCUACUUCCAGUUUUUUGCAGAUGUGAAAAAGGCAGACGAGAAAAUAAAGAAUAUACAGCAGACAAUAAAGAAAAGAUAUAUGUGUGAUCAUUCAACUACUGUAACACGUUUGAAGCACCUUUUGGAGAAUGCUGUGGAUGACAAGGAAGAACUUCUGAUUUUUAGGACUCAUUUGGACGAUCUAAUUGAGAGAUCCAAGAAUAUUGUUCAGCUAAAACCCAGAAAUCCUGCCACCCCUAUAAUGGACAAAUUGCUUAUUGAGGCUGCAUGUGAUUGCAAACAAAGAAAGAUUUUAUUACACAGGGGAGACAAGUGUAUGCUGUUAAACAACUCCCAGCCCUUUAUGUGGAAGGUGGAAAAAAAUAAAAGUAAACACAUGGUGCCAUCUGUCUACUUCAUCAUCUCCCCUCCAAACAUGGAGGCCAUAGAAAGAAGCUCUGGCCUGGAUGCAAGUUGGCAGGAGCUAAUGACCUACUGGGAGAAGUUACAGGUGGAUAUAAAGAGUCUGCUCUCCAAAAAAGACAUUGAGGCAUUCAAACGAAUCAAUCCAUCAAACCAUCACAAAAUCAUGUUUACAAGUCAGGAUUAUAAUAAGUCUCCGAAGAAUUUCGAAGGAAGCCUACGCAAGGAUGCUGAGACCAUGUAUAAUAAUGCCAUACAGCACUGCAAUAACCAGCUGCAAACAGUGAACCAAGGAGAGCAGGAUGAGCCUGAGCCAGGGUCAACUACGCUGGAUAGGAAUGAAGAUGCUUCUUUCGAUGGUGAUGUCGAUGCUUGUAGGGGUAUUGGUGGCUCUUUUUCUUCUGCUCCAGCAUUUACAGCCAGUCUUGCCCCAGAAGAAGAGGGAGAGAAAGCUAAAGAAGACAUGAGAAAGAAGGCAGAGAGGCCCGACAUCUACCCCCAGCUGCAAGGAAUAAAAAAUGAUCAGGAGAUGAUGGACAAAAGCCAGCAAGAACAAGAAGCCUUGCAAAGCCAAAACAAGACUGGGAUGAGGAAAAAAAUACCACAACUUCACAGAGAGAAAAAGGAAACAUCAAAGGCUGAAGCUAAAUGUCAUCAGGUCAGGGAAAUAGCACCAGAGGUUUACCAAUAUACAAAGGCUGUCCAAGAAGAAGAGGUAUAUAUAAGUAAACCAGUGAAAGAAGAGACAAAGAAAAAAUGGAAGGCAAAAAAAACAAAUUCAGAACAGGAAGCUGUAGAGCAGGGACAAAAGACAGCAGUGGAUCCACUUAAGCAGCAAACGGAGGAGCCCAAAGCAAAGAAAUUAGCAGAAUAUCCUGCAAAGACUGAAGAAUGCAAUGAAAACGAGUCUACCCUGUUUCUGCAAAAUACAGACGAGUCAGAACACCAAAAGCAAGCCACUGAAGCUGUUGGUGGAUACAUCAAAACAGAAACAAGUAGGAGUCUUAGUGCAGAUGUCAAAGGGUUCAUUGAUCCAAUAACAGAAAAAACAGUACUGCCUGGUAACACAAGUGGCUUUCAAUCACAUUCCUCUUCAUCCACCUCAUCCUAUCCCAAGGAUUCAGUUCCAUCCAUCAUUACAACAGCAGACUGGACUACGGAAUUGGGACCAAUUGCUGGAAUCCUACUCCCAGAUACUCUAAAGAAGUUAUCAGUCACAGAGGCUAUCCAUCAAAAGCUAGUUGAAAGCCUUACUGGUCAAAGAUUGCUUGAAGCACAGGUUUGCACCGGCGGAAUCAUUGAUCCACAUACUGGAGAGAGGUUCACAGUUGUAGAUGCAAUUAAGAAAGGGCUGGUAGACAAGACAAGGGAAAUUCGCCUCCAAAGAGUCGAAAAUGCUUUUCAAGGAAUUGAAAAUAAAACAUCCAAAACAAAAAUGUCUGUUGCUCAGGCUUUAACCGAGAGAUGGUUGUGCUAUGACGAUGGCCUGUAUUUUGUUCAAAUCCAGUACUUGACAGGUGGCCUAAUUGAACCUGAUGUUUCAGGCAGAUUGUCACUCGAGGAUGCUGUAAGGAAGGGUAUUCUUGAUAAAGGAACUGCUCAGAAACUUAAAGAUUUCAGUCGAUACCCCAAAUGUCUGACCUGUCCUAAAACAAGACUAAACAUAUCUUAUAAAGAAGCCUUGAAAAGAAGCCAGAUUGAGAAGGUAACUGGUUUACAUUUCUUGGAGGCAUCAUCACAGCCGAAUGUUAUUGUAUUAAAUGAUCCCAUUUUCCCAUUGAUUUCUGCUAAUGGCUCUCCAAGCUCUGAAUGACAAAAAUGUUUAGGGGUGGCCAUCAGGUUAAAAACUAAAGCAGUCUGGAACUGAAUUAACACUUAGCAGGUUUUGUUGCUCUGAGGACAACAAAACUAUAACUAACAAGUUACAAUAACUAGCAGAGUGCUCUUUAAUGGCUUGAUUAAUUAUAAAACAUAACAUUCAUAUGGUUAUAAUGGGUUAUGGAUUUAUUGUUAGAACCUGCUUGCAUUUCUCUUUUUAUUUGACUGCUUUGGUUUGUAAUAUAAAAUAUUUUUAUAAAAAUUUCACGAUUUAAUAUCAAUUAAAAUCAAUUUUUCUCCUUUUGCAAAUAAAUAAAGCUACUUAUUAAAACUGAAACCCAAUGAAAGAAUUUUGUUAUUUG